AUUUUCCACAACCCAGGUUCUAGUCCUUGAUAUCCACCUGUACCCUGAAUCCCCAACUCCAGCUUAUUAUCUAUCCCCUAACUCUGGACUCUUCUUACUUCAGGACACCUCACAUUCUAUAGGGGAUUGGCUUGACAUUAUCUGCCCAUACCACUCAGGGAGCUGCUCCUCAGAGGAAAAAAGCCAGAUAGGGAAUGAGAACAUAGUGCCCCAAUGAGGGGGGCUGGAUUGGACCCCAACAGUCCCCUUCCCCACCCUCGCUCAUUCCAGCGGACACCCAUCUGAGCACUGUCUGUGUGAAUAGCAGAGGAAGAGCUCACCCCAGCUGGGCUCCUGAGCCUUGUCCAGGGCUCCAGUGAAACCCGCCACUCGCUCAGCUCUGAGCAGGGCCAUCCUGCAUACCUAAUCAGCUAUUUAAGGAGCUGUUCUCCAGUAGCCCAGGCAGCCCCCCUUCCCACGUACACCCGUCCAGAGCCACCUUAAAAGCGGGAGGCAACUGUGAAGUCACUGGCCAGCAAGUGGAGUGGGGACUGCAGAGGAAGAUAAAGAGAGAGAGCAGAGAGAGAAGAAAGGCAAGAGAUUUGUCCUGAGGACCCAGAAACCCAAGGUACCCUACUGAGAACCAGAUCCCCUGGAAGCCCACAGAGACACACAGAGACCACAAGAGAAAAAGAGAUUACUACACUCAACGGCAGGAACCCCCUUCUCUCUCCCUCGCUCUCCUUCCUCCUCCCCUAGCACCCCUCCUGCUCUAGUCCUUUAGUCCCCAAACUCUGAGUCCUCUGUGUCCUUUCCUGGGAUACCAUGUUUUUCUUCACCCUCCUGCUAGAAGUGAUUCGGAUCUUGGCUGCAGACGGAGGUCAACACUGGACAUAUGAGGGCCCACAUGGUCAAGACCAUUGGCCAGCCUCUUACCCUGAGUGUGGAGGCAAUGCCCAGUCCCCCAUCGACAUCCAGACUGACAGUGUGACAUUUGACCCUGAGCUACCCACUCUGCAACCCCAUGGAUAUGAUCAGCCUGGUACUGAGCCUCUGGACCUGCACAAUAAUGGCCACACAGUGCAACUCUCUCUGCCUCCUACCUUGUAUCUGGAGGGGCUUCCCCAAAAAUAUGUAGCUGCCCAGCUCCACCUGCACUGGGGUCAGAAAGGAUCCCCAGGGGGAUCAGAGCACCAGAUCAACAGUGAAGCUACAUCUGCAGAGCUCCACAUUGUGCAUUAUGACUCUGAUUCCUAUGACAACUUGAAUGAGGCUGCUCAGAGACCUCAGGGCUUGGCUGUCCUGGGCAUCCUAAUUGAGGUGGGAGAGACUAAGAAUCCAGCUUAUGAACACAUUAUAAGUCACUUGCAUGAAAUCAGGCAGAAAGAUCAGAAGACCUCAGUGCCUCCCUUCAACGUGAAAGAGCUGCUCCCCCCACAGCUGGGGCAGUUCUUCCGUUACAAUGGCUCACUUACCACGCCCCCCUGCUACCAGAGUGUGCUCUGGACAGUCUUCAAUCGAAGGGCCCAGAUUUCGAUGGGCCAGCUGGAAAAGCUUCAGGAGACAUUGUACUCCACCGAAGAGGAGACCUCUAAACUCUUGGUACAGAACUACCGAGCCCCCCAGCCUCUCAAUCAGCGAACGGUCUUUGCUUCUUUUAUCCAAGUGGGAUCCUUGUAUACCACAGGAAGAAAAGGCUGGGGAACCGUAAGAGUGUGGUCUUCACCUCAGCACGAGCCACCACUGAGGCAUAGACUCCCUCGCAGACAUCCUGGAUGCCUUCCCCUCAUGCCUAUCAGGGAGCCUCUAAAAUGGAUUGUAGGGACUGGUCAAAAAAAUACUGUAGAAGUAGUAGGCAGACACCCCUCCUUUCUUGGAUAUCCUCUAUGGAAAAGCAUGGACCCAGGUUCUCAUUCAAGGAAGAAAAGAGCUCCAGUUCCUCAAAACAUGUAGGAGGAGAUCAUGGGAAGAAGGCAAACAUUUUGCUUAACUGUAGAGGAAGUUGGGGAUGUGCUCCAAAAUCCCCCACCCCCUCACCUUUCUGUCCCUUUCUCUAGACAUUUUACAGGGUUUUCCUUAGGAAAGGGGGUUGCUGUUAUUGGAGUUAUAUUUUUUGCUCAAUAUAUUUGGAAAAUUAAA